AUGGCGUCAGAAUUCAUACCCGAGACCCCCGAGAUCGGAUCAUUGACAGCCCAUUCAAAUGAAGACAGCCAAUUUGUCGGCAGCUCCAGUGGUGUCUACUUCAUCAAGACAGUCAAGCGAGCAUUCAACGACCCAGACGGGCCAGACUCACCAGAAACAAACUUUCCAACAGCAGAAGAUACACUAGUUGGUCCCGAGGAUUCACCUCGUGAAAAACGACAGCGCACUGCCUCAGUCAGGGUCGCCUCAACAACAGAAGUCGAGUCACCGUCAGAAUGGACCUACGACCCAUCUAUAAUAGAAGCCCUGGGCAAAUUACCACCCCCAGAUAUGGCCAAGAGUCUCAUGAUGAUGUAUUUCAAAGUCUGGCAUCCUCUCUUCCCCUUCCUGCACGGUCCCACCUUUCUGCAGGCAAUGGAGAAGAUUUAUUCGGCGAAUCAAAACCCACCCUCACAAACCUCAUGCAUAGAUCACCGCAGUACAUGUUGGACAACUAUCUUCCAAUGUGUUUUCAACUUGGGCAGUCUCCUAGCACCGGAUGUGAACCUACCAUCCGAGUCAAAGAUUCAAUCACCAAGCAGUAUCAACUCUCUUCUUGGGACGCUCUCCUCUCGACAUGACAUUGCAUCCAUCCAAGCGCUUCUGGCUAUUCAGGUUUAUCUUAUCGCCACUAUGUCACUUAGACAGGCGUCUACUCUUGGUGGCUGUGUACUGCGAUCCAUGCUCCAUGCCGGUCUUCAUCGGUGUCCAUUUCGAUAUAAGCAGCUUUCGACGCAUGAUCGACAAUUGCGUAAGCGCAUCUUCUGGUGCGGGUAUGCUAUUGAUCGCUAUUUAAGUCAGGCUUUAGGGUUGCCGCUUGGUAUUCAGGAUUCUGACAUUGAUGUUUGUUUACCUGCUGCAAGGGAGAUGCAUUCGCCUGGGGCGCAGAUGAACCAGUUGAGCAGUGAAAGAGUCGAGGGUUCAAGAUCUGCCAAAAAUGACCAACGCCGAGCUUCCUACUCUCAAACUGAGAACAGAGAAGAUGAAGAAGACCAUGGGAAAGAAGCUAUUCUCGCCAGCUAUGUAGACUCUGGAACUCUCACAGGAAGAGCACUGGAACUAUUCCACAAAUCGAUCUUGGUUCGAUCUGUUCGAAGGAGUUCUGUCUUGUUCCUUGUGACAGAUGUGCACAAGUGGUGGAAUGGACUUCCACUCGAACUUCAACGGAACUCAUCAAUAUCGGAGCAAGCAUCGGAAACUGGAAGGGCUGAUAAUCCGUUUGAUUUCAGCCCUUUUUUCACGGUGCUGUAUCAGCACCUCAUUUUGAUUAUUCACCGGCCUUCGCUGUCAUUAGACCCGUCAACUGCGGAGUUUUGCUCUGGGUUGCAGACUUGCAUUGGGGCUGCUCGGUCGAUUCUUUCGGCACUGCGGUUACAAGUAAAUAGUCGACAGGCUUUGUUCUGGCCGGGGUUUCUAUCGGCUGCAUGGAUGUCGGGGUUGGUCUUGGCCUUGGCUUGUCAAUUGAAGCAAUAUGUCCUUGCAAAGGGACUUCAGGAGAUCCAUGAGUUGUCGGACUUCCUGCGUCUGAUGUCUUGUCAAUGGGAGACAGCUAAACAUUGUCACCUAUCACUCUCGGUUCUGGCAGCAAAAAUUAAAGAGUCAGAACACCGUGGAGAUUCAACAGUCAACUCCCAGGUCUAUGCAAGAGGCGUCUCUGGAGGAGAGUCUACGCUAUUGAACUCUCUAAAUGCACGCGAAGAAAGAAGACGAAAACUAGGCAGUGCAUCGUACUCCCAAGAAGACCAGGAAUCGCCCACAAAUCCCAGAAAGUCAGAGCUGAGGGAUCAAAACGUUUACCCAAACACGGGUACUGACUGGGAACACAGUACCACAGACAGAGAGCGUGGUUUCCCAGUCGCUACAUCUGCACUUACACAGCCAUCAGGUCAGAGUGAACAAGGUAUUCUCGCCAAUACCCCUUCUUCGACGCAGAUGUAUUUCCAGGAUACGCACCCUACUGACUCCGAGGGAAUAUCGAACUUCGAUCUUAAUAUGGUCGACUUGAUCGAGGGAGCCAACCUCGAUUCCCUUUUUGAUAUGGUCGGGCAACAAUUUACCAGUUUCUAA